GAAGCGAGCUCGACAACAAGUAACAGCGGUGCCUUUCCGUUCACACGGGGCGCCUCCCCAUACGCUACCAAGACAACACAUCAUCGAGCCAUCAUGGGAGGUGCCGCAGAAUUGCCAGAAAGGUCCUCUUCCCCACUGAAAAGGCCAGCUUCGAGCAUGGAGCCAGAACCGAUCCAGGACAAAGACGUCGAUGUCGACAUGGUUUCUGUCUCCCAUACUGAGGUCUCGCCGUCACCCUCCAAGCCGGAGGAGCAGGGCUCUGGAGAGAGCCAAGACGAGACCAUGGCUGAGUCAAGUUCGGUCACAACCGAGGACACUAUUGCGCCUUGGUCACCCACACAAGUCGAGGCACACAUCAAGACCAUUAGGGCUCUUGCCGAAGAAAUGCACACUGCGCCCUUGGAGCCUGGGCAGGAAGGAUUUCUUGUUUCGAAGAAAUGGCUGGCCACUGUGCUGCCAGACGAUGCCUCAAAAAAGACAGCCGAGAUCGACCCUGAGACGAUUGGCCCCGUAGACAACUCCGAUAUAAUUUGGGAAACGAUCAGAAAUCCUCUCGUGGGUGAUGGUGUGGCGGACGAGUCCAAGAAGUUCUUCGUCCGCCUCAAGGCACAGUACGGCAGCGAACAGUUCGAGAUACUGCCACCCAAAGCUUGGGAGCUCCUGCGGCAGUGGCCUGGGCUGAAGAAGGGACAGCUACCAAUCCGUCGUGUAGCCAAUAACACUGGAGACGAAAUGAACCCUAAUGUCAUUUUCGAAUUUCAUCCAGUCGUCCUUCCCGUGCAUCGGGUCUGGUCUGCCAACAGUCCAAUCGCCAUCGACUCGAGCCUGAAAGCUAGGAACCCCCCGGCGGAGAGACUAAUCUGCGAAAAGACGUCAAAAUUCCAAACCUUUCUGGCCCAAGCAAAGCGGGUCACGGACAUAGACCGAGGCCAAAGGGUCAGAGUCUGGAGAAUUCCAAAACCGCCCGCGCCGACUGGUCCAGUCAGCCUGACACCUCCGGCUAGCCCAGAUAGGGGCGAGGAGAAUCAAACAUCACCGGCUUGGAGUCAAAUGCUUGUCGAGGUUGACUCCUUCCUCGCUCUCGAGAGAGAUUCUGAGCGAGAGGUAGUUGCGACUGACAAGGAGAAUCCAAUGUCCAGUGCCAACGAUCCGACGACGUUGGGCGCUCUAGGCUUGACCCAGGACGAGCCAGUCGUACUUGAAGAGUUCGUCCAAGACAGCGGGUGGCUCACACAAUACUCUCCAGCUCAAGCUUCAGCAGCACUGGACCUCAACCGAGAUUCUUCACGCCUUGCAGCUGUUCACCCAGAUGGGACACGCAGUGGGCGCACAAGCCCAGGCCCUAUCACACGUGGCCGGGCGCGAAAGUCCGGUCGGACACUUGGAUGUGUGGGGCUCAGCAAUCUUGGUAACACCUGCUACAUGAAUUCCGCGCUCCAGUGUGUCAGGCAUAUUGAGGAGCUCACAAAGUAUUUCCUUGUCAAAGAGUGGAAGAAGGAGCUGAACAGAGAAAAUCUGCUCGGCCACAAUGGAGACGUUGCGAGCCAGUACGCAUAUCUCCUGGAGGAGAUGUACAAAGAUCCUCCUCCUGGCUCUGUUAGUCCUAACAGAUUCAAGCACACGAUUGGGAAAUACGCUCCAUCGUUCUCGGGCUACGGCCAGCAAGACACGCAAGAGUUUCUAGGAUUCCUCCUCGAUGGCCUACAGGAAGAUCUCAGCCGUAUAAAGAAGAAGCCGUAUAUCGAGAAACCCGACUCCACCGACGACAUGGUGAACAACCCAGAGGCGAUUCGCAGCAUGGCCGAGCAGGUCUGGGACAUAACAAAGAAGAGAGAUGACUCGGUCAUUGCUGAUCUCUUUACCGGAAUGUACAAGUCUACCCUGGUCUGUCCGGAUUGCAGCAAGGUCAGCAUUACCUUCGACCCCUUCAAUACCUUGACGCUGCCUCUUCCAGUCGAGAGCAAGUGGAACCACACCAUCAAGUUCUUCCCCCUCAAUGACAGACCAAUCGACAUCAACGUGGAGCUUGAUAAACAUGCCAGCAUCAAGGCUCUCAAGGAGUUCAUUUCAGUACGCACCGGCGUACCGCCUGAGCGCUUGUUUGGCGCAGAGAUGUGGAAGGACAAAUUUUACAAGACCUACCCAGAUCUGGCCGCCGCUUCCGAGGAGAUAACGACGAAUGACAACGCAUGGUUUUUCGAGCUUGAGGCCAAGCCCACUAAUAUUGGAGGCGGAAAGCAAAAGUACGGCGUGCCUGUCCAGUCUAUGCUAGACACAACCUCUGGACGGUCCUGGAAGGAGGAAUUGUCAACAAACUUGCUCGUUCCAGUCUUCCACCGCAAGCCCGGAACGGCCAAAUCCUCGUAUCAAUUCAACUCACGCUGGCAAGGUUGUGCGGUGCCCCACUUCAUUGUGGUCACGUCUGAGGAAGCGCGCAGCGAGGACGCCAUUAGGCGCAAGGUCCUCGAAAAGAUUGCCUCCCUAUCCGCCAACCCCAUUUUCCAGGAAUCGGACACAGCGGAGAGCACUGAGGCUGAGAUGAUUGGACCGAAUGGUUCCGACUCUACGUCCUCCCUGGAAGGUAAAGUUGCAGCCAGAUCAGUUCAAGGCGAGGACGAUCUGGUCGACGUUCAGAUGAGUUCAUCUGCAGGUGAAUCUGGCGGCAAGCCAGCAGAUCAGCCGAUCUCGACCAUCACAAAACAUGUCUUCAACCAUGCUCGGCCAAGUUGGAUAGAUCCCAAGAAGUUCCUCCCGGCCGAGCUACAAAAUCUGUUCGAGAUGAGCUAUUUUUCCGAGAACAGCGCCCGGAUCCCGACUGGACAGCAAAGCAUCGAGGAUAGCAAAGAGUACCCGAGACUGUCGUCUAGAGUCGUCGUUGCAUCUCCGUCCUCAUCCGACGACGCCACCGAUAACACGGCCAACGAUAACUCAGUCACCGACGCAGCCUCUAACGAGGACGUCAGCUCUGAUGAGACUCUUGCUAAUACCGAGGGACCUUCGACACGCAUGACAGAAGAGAGUGACGAGGAUGAAAAGGCAGUCAAGACACUGCCGCAAAGACCCAAGCCCGGCAGGCAAUUUAAGCCCGUAGCAAAGGGCCCCGGGGGAGGACGCAAGAAGAUGAAACCCCACAAGACGUAUGGAAAAGGGGGGAAAAAGAAGCUUCGUCAACAGCAACGUGAGGAAGAAAAGCGUGCUCGUUCUAUGGAGUCCGAACAAGACCCAUACGAAGAGGACGAGCCUGUGCCAAAAGAUGGCGCCGACGGCGGUGCUCUGAUUCGCCUUAGGGAAGGCAUCAUUGUGGAAUGGUCCGAGGACGCCUACACAGAGAUUUUCGAAAACUCCGAUGCCAAGAAUGCUCUAUGGAACUCCUGCGACACCUUGGCAGACCCACAGCUCGAGAAGACGCAACAAACGCGCGCUAAGAGGCGGAAGAAUGGCAUCUCGAUUGAGCAAUGCUUGGACGAGUUCGAACGGGACGAGAUCCUGUCAGAAAACGACAUGUGGUACUGUCCGCGCUGCAAGGAUUUCCGUCGAGCCAGCAAGAAGUUUGACCUGUGGAAGACGCCUGAUAUCCUGGUCAUGCAUCUGAAGCGUUUCAGCUCCGCGGGUUAUAGACGGGACAAGCUGGAUGUCUUUGUUGACUAUCCUGUCGAGAACCUCGACAUUACUCAGCGUGUGCUUCAUCGAGAAGAGGGCAAGCAAGAGGUUUAUGACCUAAUUGGUGUCGACUGCCAUUUUGGUGGUCUUGGUGGAGGGCACUACGUCGCUCAUGCGAAGAACUUUUUUGACAACAAGUGGUAUCAUUACAAUGAUUCGUCAUGCAGCCCGAAGAGCGCUGACAGCGUAGUGGAUCCCGCUGCUUACCUGCUGUUUUACCGCCGUCGGUCUGACGUGCCGCUGGGUGGACCGCGUUUCAAGGAGAUCGUCACGCGGUUUGCCGAGAUCACUUCGACGGACGAGUCGACCGAGCAGGGGGAAGCCCAGGGCCUCGGCGAGGGCUCUACCCUCUCAACUGGGUCGUCGAGCGCUAUCAGAGGAGCCGGAGCUUCUCGCCAGCUCAGCGGAAGUCUUGGUGGUGAUCGGGAGAUGGGGUUUGGUCUCAACCGCUCAGAUGACGAAGGCAUUGACCUUGCAGACAACGCUCUUGCGCCCAAGUCGAUCAAUGGCAUCAGCAACUGGAGCUUUGCGCGGCUCAAUGAGCAAGAUCAGGGAGCUGCAGGUACACCGGGAUCUCCUACUGCUUCAGAUGAAGCUCAGCACGAAUCUUCUGGUGACGAGGGCUCAACAAGCGAGCGCCUGAUCGGCCCGCAGAUCGUUCACGUAUUCCCUGAUGGUCCGGAUCCUCGCGAAUACUCCGGAAUGACAAGCUACCAACUCUCUGGCGACGAAGACUUUGCCUCCCAUACGGAUGACCUGCCCCCAGCAUAUCGUAGAGGCGCCUCGAGGGAAGACAUGGCACAGAUUUGGGGCGAGAAGGGCGGCGUCCUGGAGGUGCCGGCAGCCGGAGAGUCUGAAAGGGACUCGGAAGAUGUUACAGAGAUCCAUCUUGGUGACUAGAACAAAUUCGGAGACCGUUUGAAAUUUCGGCCUCGAGGUAUAUAUCCGUAUUGUAUGCAUUGUUGGCGCAACCACCUUGGUCAGCAGUAGAGAAUAAAAGUACAUCCAAGCCGUAAGGCCUAUCUAGAAAGAAUAAGUUCUCUCUCAAACGUAA